UGGAGGAUACGUCUCUUCUUCUACGUCUCUAUUUCCGAUACGUCUCCCUAACCCUAAUCCUAAUCCUAAUCUCUCUCUUUCAAAAAAAAAAAACGAUGAAGCGACUAAGAUCCAGCAGCGAUCUCGAUUCAUACACCGAUAAUCACACCAACGUCGACGGAGAUCCUCCGUUCAACUCCUCCGACCGCCCUAUCUCCGCCUCCUCCCACCGCUGGGGUCGCAGAGGGCCCUUAUCCCCUUCUCGAUACGACCGCGACCGCGGCGACGAUCCCGCCGCUGGAUUCUCGAGGUCCUUAUCCCGAAGGCGAUCUAAUCUCGACUUCGACGGUGGUAGUAGAAAUCGAAGGAUUAAAGAUCCGGAUGUGCGAUUCGGCAGAGAAGACAGGCUUCUCCAUCGAUCUGAGAGCGCUUCUUCGAGGAGGGCGUUUCCGAAGGGGUUUCGCUCCGAGAGAGAGAGGCCCAACAGGGAAGCUAGCGUGUCGUCUUCGUGGAGGAGGUUUGGUGGUCCUGGGAAUGAUUUUGGGAGAGAUAGGAGAGGUCAUUGGGAUGGCGAGAGGGAGAGGGAGAGGGAGAGGGAGAGGAGUGUUAAGUCUCCUUCUUGGUCGAGAGACUCGAGUAACGAGCAGGUGAGAGUGAAGGUGGAUUCGAGGAAUUCGAGGUCUAGAUCUAAGUCUUUAGCUUCUCCGACGUGGUCUAAAGACUCUGGGAGUGAGCAGUCUAAGAGUGUUGGGAAGAAAAGCGAGGAGGUGCAUGGGGGUAAGAGUGGUAGCGAGAUGGAGGAAGGAGAGCUGGAGCCUGAGCCUGAGCCACAGUCUCAACCAGAGACCGUAUCUAGGGAUACUCAAGACCCUUCCUGCGCUACUGGUGAUCAAAACAGUGAAAGGAUUGGUAGCAGCUUCCAGGAAAUGAAGGAAAACGCUGACUUUGAUGAUGAUAGGGAAAUGAAAACGGCUGAGAGUACGAUGGGUAAGGAAAGUGUUGAGAAAGGGGAUAAUGUGGCUGAGCAUGCGACAGAGAGCAUGCAUACUUCUCAAAACAAUGUGAAUGAUAGCUCUACAGCUUUGGCUAGUGAACAUGAGGUUAGCGAUGACAGAAACACUGCUGUUGUCAAUGAGGUUACAGAUGUGGUCGAUGAUAAAGAAGAGGGAUACCAGGAGGAGCAUGAAGUGAAGUUGGAAGAAAGUCUUUAUCCUGCUGUUGUUCCUGAACAGUCUCAGGCAGAGGAGCUUAAUCGAGUGAAUUGUAGUGAUGGUGACGCCAACGCAGCAGAAGUUGAAUCCCCAAAACGUGUUGAGGAAAAUGCUCUAGGGAAUACACCGUUUGUAUCAGAUAGCAAAAAUUUGGAUGUCCCGUUCGAUGAUUUACAUGAAAAUGCUGUCUUUUCUGAAAGAAAGCCUGAGGAUCUUACUGACAGGGAUAGAGAUGAAGAUGACAACUUCGGUGGACCAAGUACCAGAGGAUUCGAACUGUUUUCCAGGUCUCCCGUCAGAAAAACAAAUAAAACUGAGCAGUCAGGUGUCAAUAAGUCAAAGGAUGAGAAGUUGUUGGAGCCACUGGAUCUUUCACUUAGCCUACCAGAUGUGCUGUUACCAGUUGGUGGUCAGGAUACUAAUCAGCCUAUGGGUUCACCAGUCCGUUCUGGAAGUGUUCGUUCUAUGACAGACACGUUUCGUACUGAUUCCGAAGGCUUCACCAUGUCUAUGUCUUUUUCAGGUUCACGUUCGUUUAAUCACAACCCAAGCUGUUCGUUGAAUCACAACAUUGGAGAUAAUGAGCAGUCAGUUCAUAGCCGGCCUAUAUUUCAGGGUAUAGAUUGGCAGGCCCUGUCUCAUAAUGACCCAAGGUACAACGAGACUACAGUCUAUCAGAAACUGAUGGAGAAUGGAAAUGGUUCAGUUCCUCCUCAGUCAAUGAAAGGUAUUUUAAUUCCGGGUCAAGCUGAUGAAGAGCAUCUUAGAUUGACCGAUGGGAGCUCUAAGGCUGUAGAUAGGGUUGAGAAACAGUUCAGUUUCCAGAAAACUGUUGAUGUUAGAUCAGCUGGCUCUCUCGAAAAUGGUUCUAAGCUCCAUGCUGAGAAGAAAAAAGCCAUGGACUUUUUUGGUGGCAGCAUCUCCGGGAUAAGUGGCAUUAACGCUGGUGGGGAUGAAUCUUUUGAGAUUGUAAUGAGAUACAUUCUCUCCGAUUCGAUGCAUGUGAUGACCAAGAGGUUUCAAGAGAUGACCACGCGAUACAUAGCUAGCUUGAAGGAAUACAUCCGGCAGAUGAUGAUGAACAAGGAUAAGAAUGCACGGCUUGGUGUUUUGCAAGAUGCUCUGCAGAACAGGACUGAUAUUACAUUGGAACUGCUUACAAAAUCGCAUCGUGCUCAGUUGGAGAUCUUGGUCUCUCUGAAAACUGGACGUUCUGAUUUCCUUGAGCUGGACGACAGUAUCUCCUCUGCCCACUUAGCUGAGAUCUACAUGAACAUGAGAUGUAAAAACCUUUCGUGCAGGGUUUUGGUGCCUGUGGAUGAAUGUGAUUGCAAGGUUUGUUCAAGCAAGGAUGGGUUUUGUAGUGCUUGCAUGUGUCUUUUGUGCUCAAACUUUGAUAUGGCAUCCAACACCUGUAGCUGGGUUGGGUGUGAUGUGUGUCUUCACUGGUGUCACACAGAAUGUGGGAUACGAGAAUCUUACAUCCGGAAUGGGAUCAGCGCUUCUGGUGGCCGAGGAACGACCGAGAUGCAGUUCCACUGUGUCGCCUGUAACCAUCCCUCGGAGAUGUUUGGCUUUGUAAAAGAAGUGUUUCUGAAUUUUGCCAGGGAAUGGAAAUCUGAGCGGUUUUGCAAGGAACUGGAAUAUGUCAGUAAGAUAUUUUCAUCAAGCAAAGACUUUAGAGGGAAACAGCUUAGACAAGCUGUUGAUGCUAUGUUAGCAAGUUUGACAAGUAAAUUGAUAGACCUUCCUGAAGCAUGCAAUAAGAUAUUGGGUUUCAUUUCAGACUGUGAUUCCUCCACACCUGGCGAAGCUUGUGCGCCGUUGAGAUACGAGCAGCCAAAACCAAGGCACGAGAGGGGAAGCCCUAGUCAGGACACGGCAUGGCUGAGAUCGGUGUGCUCAGAGAAACCGCAUCACCAGCCGAAAAGAUCAGCAAGUAUAGUUGAUGGAUUCCACAUAGAGAGACAAGGCGAAAUAUUUGGAGUGGAGACGGGUUCGAAAAGGGAAAUCCCAACGGAACCUCGUUUUGAAGAACUAGAGAGCAUAGUGAGAAUGAAGCAAGCAGAGGCAGCGAUGUUCCAAGGGAGGGCGGAUGAUGCAAGAAGAGAAGCAGAGGGGCUGAAGCGAAUAGCGAUAGCGAAGAAGGAGAAGAUAGAAGAAGAGUACAAGAGGAGAAUGGGGAAGCUGAGUGUGGAGGAGGUAGAGGAGAGGAAGAGGGGGAAGCUGGAGGAGUUGGUGGCGAUGGAGAGAGGGCAGAGAGAGUUUUACGAGAUGAAGAUGAGAAUGGAGGAAGAGAUGAGAGGGCUUCUCACCAAAAUGGAAGUGACUAAGCGUACUUUGGCCCUGUAAUAUUUAUAGUUAUUUGUAGCAGUAGUAAUGAUAUGUAAUCUACACUCAAAAGUGGCACAGCUUAAUGUAUAUUCUGAUUUUAAGGGUCACUGUUUCUUAUUGUAGAAAAAGAUUAACACCAA